CCCCUUGGGGCGCCCAAACCGCCUCUACCGGUUUUAAUACCGGUAACUCCAUUGCCGGACACCCUUUGCGUCCCGCCCCCGCCCUCCACGACGGCGCAGUCGGCCAAGAGAGCCCGGACUGCAGACGAGGAAGUCCGUCCCGCCCACACCACCACCGCCUCCCCUGCUGCUUCCGGUCCCAUCAUGUCCUCCUCUGAGACCUUCCUCUCUGAAGCUCACGCAAAUUUGGAGGUCUACCGCCUCUUCGCCACCGCCCUUGACACCGAACACGCCCGCGCCUCCGUCAUCUCGCCCGCUCACGCACGUGAAGCUGACCGCCUCGCACGAACCAUCUCCAUUGCCCUGCAGAAAAGUUCUGCUUCCCUGCUCUCGCCUACUCCGGACUCCACCGCCCCAGCAAACAAGAAGGUUUCCACUCCCUCCGCCCCGACCAGCAAAGGGAAGAGGCCCGUUUCCUUCGCAGAAGCUGCCGCCCGCGGUGCCGAUUCCGCCUCCGCCUCCCGCUCUGCUCCCUGCUCCCGCUCCAGCCCCACCCGCAAGGCUACGCUGCCCCAAAGUGACGGCCGCGUCUUCCUUCGACUAGAUAGGGACUCCCCUUUCGCCAAUACAGAUGUCUUUGCUAUUCGCAGAGAAGUGCAAACACUCCUCCGCCUCGCCCCCACCGACAUCCCUGGUUGCCACAAGGUCCCCUCUGGUUUUGCCCUCGUGCCCAAGAAUGACACUGUCCGCCAAACCCUCCUAGCCCAUAAAAAUGAGAUUGGUGCCCGUAUUGGCUGCCUCCAAGUCGAAGUGCCCAAGAAAUGG